AUGGCCGCUCCUCCUUACGACACCAACCACUUUCCUAAUACUGCCUUGUUAUUUGAUAUAUACACCGACGGCGCUGUCCAACAGUCACAUACUCCAGCUCCAGCUCCAGCUUCAACACCAGGUCCAACCCCAGCUAACCUCCCCCGAGGACCAUGCGGGUUCGUCGACCUGACCCCCGGUGCUAAUGGCGCCCGGUGUGGCUGUCGACGCUUUUGGAGUAGACCUCACAACCACAUGUUGCCAUCCGCAGACCAGCCCUUUUGGUGCAUGUGCUCACACCAUGCUUGCUACCACGAGGAUGCUCAAAUUGCGCAAACACCACCCGUGCAGACGCCCAUCGUCGCCGCACAUCCUCUAGAUCGCGACUUGUUUGGGGGCCAGGAAAAUGAGAGGCCGAGGGUAAAUAGGGAACCCCUCACCCCAGUCCAGGACAUGGCUGCCUUCCAAAUACCGGGAGGACAGACUCUGGACUGGCCCGGUCUCAGCCUGGGCGAUUCUUCCUUCAAACCGGACCUUGCGGUCGUCACUGCGCUGCCGCCACCUUCUUCCCAUGCCCAUCUGGCUACCCAGGCCUCUGGUCAUGGUCGAGAUGCCUCUCUUCCUGAUACGUUACCUUGGACCAACCUCCCCGCUCCAAAUUCUGGAGGACAUGGUCUUCCACCUAUACCUUCACAGUGUCUAUUCAAUACGCAAUCAUUCUCAACGGCAUCAAGUCAGGCUGGUUACUUGCGGCCCUUUGGUGGUAAAGGUAUCCACACUCUUGAUGUCAAGGCCACCUCAACUCCGAACGACAAUUGCGCUCCUGUUCAUGGAUCUCAUGGCACCGACCCGGAUGCUACUGUACCCAAUACUCAGGCCUCUUCACCCAUGGAGCCAAUUCCUAUGCCCUCGGCGCCAACCCCUAGGGGUGCCUCGACCCAGGAUACUAAUGUUGCACCAUCGACAAUUCAACAGCAUGGUUUUAACGAGGACGCCUUUCGGACCUUGAAAGACGCCGUCCAAGACCAUGGGCAUCGUUUGGAUAAGCUGGAAAAUCAGUCGUUCUCUGUCGUUGGCCAUGACGAUUGCCAUGAGAAAUAUGACCAAACCGAUCUGAAAGUAAUCGAACUCGAGUCUCGCGUCGAGGAAGUCGAAAAAAGACUGAACGAUGACAACAGCACUGUUGUCAGUAGUAUCCGGGGGACGGUUAGCGGUAUCGGUACCUCCAGCGCUACUCAAGCAUUCUCCCAGUCCGAGAUUCACAGCCAACUCCAGCAGCUACAGGCACAGGUUAACAGACUGCAGGCCUCUUCGCUACCCACGUACAGCUCACCCUGGGAUGUCGAGGUUGUAGUAAUUCCUUUUCCGCUCAAAGGCAUAUGGAUGCCAGGGCAUGAAUUCUCGAGCCAGCGGUCAACAAACGUUACGGACACUGCUCCCUGGGACACUCUCGUGGACGAGUGGACGCAGCUGCCAAAUACCCACAGCAGGCAAACACCAGAUCCAACGUCAUCCUUAGUUGCCAACUGGCUUGAUCAAUCAGCGUCUUCUGCUUGGCUCCUGCCUCGUGCCUGCGCUCCAGGCCGCAUGAUCGACGAGCGCUUGCGGAGUCGCGGUCUCAUCAAGACUGUAUCUGUCAAGGGCUCUGAUGCUAGAAGUGUUCAUCUCGCAAUCACUGCAGCAUUUCACGGCUUCUUCAAAGCCAUGCGAGUGGAAACCGCCAGUCAUCGAUCGUCCCCCAUAACCAGCGCUAUGUUCGAUAAGUUUCUGGGACUCAGCCUGCCAUGGGUGCCACUUCGCAAAAUACACAAGGACUCACGGCUAAGGUUUCUAUCACCGGCUGAAAUGUUGACACCAACACUGUGGGACGCAGCUUUCCUUAUGUCCAGUGUCGUUAUGAAAGCCACUGGCCUGCAUCGCCUGUAUGUCACCCAACCAGAAGCUUAUGUGCAAGAUAAGAUCUCCAGAGACAGUGGGUCUGGUUGGACAUGGCAAAGACUUCGUGAACUUGCACCCGCGUUACCAGAUUCUCAGAGCUCUUCGGCCAGCACAGUAGAUGCCGAGGAGGACGAGCAGUGUUGGAAAUGGAAUGAUCGUCUAGAUGAACUUCCGACUGUCGAGACUUCCCGCGAGCAGGCGGCUGCGGCAAACAGAUCUCGAUCUACAGCAGCAUCGUCGUCACAGGUUUUCUACACCGCACAAUCGCCGGCAACUACUCAGGCCAAAAGUCCAGUGAUGCUAAGGGAACGACGAGGCCCAAGGCCCCCGCACCUAAGAACUGCAUCGAUGCCGCAGGCUGCACCAGCGCUCUCUUCCCCCGCCGGACAGCCUGCUGUAGGGAGAGUCGCAUCAUAUACCGCCAUUACCUCCAAGUCCAGCCCCUAUAACCAGCGACCUUCGCCUUUGGUAACUCGCCCCAGCCCGCGCUUACCAAUUAUGCGGCAUGUAGCUUCAGAGGCUGCGAUGAUCUCAACCGUUGGUGCUGUGAAGAGACGAUCUGGAAGCGGCCGCGGCAACAGUCGAUCCCCUAGCAUACGGCCUCGUAACACGCCACGACGGAGCACCAACAGCAUACGUAGCCGUAGUACCAGUGUAGCAUUGCGCGAUGUGUCGGUUGCGCCCGAAGACCACAGAAUGCGUGGCACUACGCCAAUGUGUUAUGCAACCCCUUAUAGCACUGCACCAGUUGAUACGACCAGGGCUCCUAUUGAAGGUCCUUCCUCCACAGGCAACAGUGGGCGAAGAAUCAGUAACCCAGACGAAAACAUGGACUAUGAAGAAUACGGAGGUAGCUCAGACCUCUACACCGACCAAGAGAUGACAAACCAAGGGCUAUAUGAGGAGUUUGACGACGACGACAACGACGACGAUGAUGAUGAUGAUGCAGAUCCGGAUUUUGACGUCUAUCAAGAUUAUACCAACGACAUGGACGAUGAUUCCAACCCUAGCGAUGACAGCGGAGACUUCGGACGCUCGGAACACUCUAGUGCCGAGUCACAAGAGCAACUGAAUGCGCAAGUACUCCCCGAAGAUGAGGUUUGGCCUGGGAUAGAAGACAACAUGUCAGAUGGCGAAAACAUCGAUCCGGAGUCCCAGGAUAUCGACAUCCAAGACGCUGCAAGCGACAUAAGCAGUCAACCAUCCGAGUAUCCGAGCACUCAUCGCGCAUGGCAAGAACAGGGGGCAGUAGGAGGCCAGGGUCUAAAUGGAAACGAUGCCACGGGGUUCAGGAUUCAUGAAGAUGAUGAAGAUAAUGAGAAUGCCGCGAUGCCUGGUGCAGGAUUUGCAACACGCUGGUGA